CGUAGUCAGAAGCUCCUUAGUGGCGACACUUGCACAACCAAACCGAGACUCAGCCAGGCGCUUUUUAGUAGCCUAGCUAGCCAGCGUGAAUAUCGUGAACAGGUACAAUAUCAACAAACAAAAAAUAUGUCUACAUCUUACAUAUGUACCGGUAGUUUGCCUAGAUAUCAGACAUUAUCCAACGUUAUAUUUCAUUCGGUCAGAUACUGAAGACAGUUUGCUUCGUCGAGGAGUACCGUUGGUUUUCUCGCCGUAGCAACCAUCUUGCAGAGGAGCUUAGCUUCUCAGUUAGCUGCUAAUACAGUAGUACUUGUAGUUUACUAAAGCGGUAACCAGUCAGUCAGGAAGUUAGUUGUCAACGUGAGACCAGUGCCUGGUAAAGCCGUGUUCCUCGCAGAACCUUGAGAACCUUGAGAUCUCAGAGAUGUCUAAGGCCCCGGGUUCCCCUCCGCGCUCACGCUCCCGCUCCUACUCCCGCUCUCGCUCCAGGACUCGCUCCCGCUCCCGGAAACACCGCUACAGUUCCAGGUCUCGCUCUCGCUCCCGGUCCCACUCCCCCUCCCACGGCAGGAACUACCCCACCAGGGACUACCAGAACAACCGUGGCUUCCGGGGCUAUAACCGUGGCUUCCGCCGGCCGUACUACUACCGUGGACGCACGCGUGGAUACUACCCCCGGGGGCGCUACCAGCGAGGUGGCGGCAACUACGGCUACAGAGCCAACAACUGGCAGGGGGGUGGGAACUGGCACCACCACGACCAGGAUCACCACCCUCACAGCCCCAGGAGGGGGCGCUCUCGCUCCCGCACGCCCAGGAAGCGCUCUGCCAGCCGCAGUCGCUCUCGCUACUCUGACCGCUCCUCCUCUGGACGCUCCCGGCGCUCCCGCCACAGCAGCUACUCCUCCCGCUCCUCCUCCCCUGCGCGCCGCUCCCGUGCUGGGAAACCUGCCUCCAAGGAGGCCAAGGACAAGGCCCCGGGAGAGGGGCCGGGGGCUGGGGGGCCAGGCGGGGACGCCAGCCACCAGGAGAAACCGUCCGGAGGGAAGUGGAAGGGUGUGAGGGAGUACGACACCAGCCCCAAACACGCAGGAGCCCAGGGUCGGCAGGCUGCUGGAGACAAGCAGGGGCCAGCAGAGGGCUCCAACAGCAAGGGGGCUAACAGCGGGGGGGCCAACAGCGGGGGGGCUCUGUGGAGGACAGUCAGCAGCCCCCCUCCCUCUAAGAGCCCCCCUAAGACGGGCACUGCUGCCUUCGGAGGGUUUGGGUUCUUCUCGAAGGACGAUGCCAAGCCUGCUGGAGAUAAGACUGCCAUUUCAUCUGCUUUCAAAAAGUUCCUGGCAGAGAGUCAGGCCAAGAAGCAGGAGGGGGAGGAGGAGGAGGGGGAGGAGGGCGAGCACAGCUCGUCUGACGAACAGGAGGCAGACCCUGGCCCGCCCGCCGCCCUCUACAGCAGCCUGGCAGCACUGCCAGACCCCAAGGACGACAACAGCCUGCCUUUCUUUGACGUGGAGGAGGAGCAGUUCCUCCGGUCCCAGGGCCUGAAGGACAGGGAGGCGGAGAGCGACCAGACCAAGUCCAAAGCCCCGCUGACAGCCCGAGACAUCUUCGGGAAGUGGGAGGACGAGGCCCCAUACUACAAGGAGAAGAGCCGGAGGGAGGUGGAGGAGGUGGAGGAAGACCUGGAGCACAUGGAGAACGAGCUGUACCGCAGCCGCAAGCUGGCCAAGAAGGAGGAGAAGGCCAAGAAGAAGGAGAAGAAGGAGAAGGAGAAGCAGGAGAAGAGGAGUCCCACGCUGUCCCCGGUGGGUCCUCGAGGUGUGACCAGCAGGGAGAGGGACAAGCCUCUGUUCCCCAGCGCCCGCCAGGAGUCCCCUGCUGCACGGCCCUCUGGGAAGAGGGAGGACUUUGAACUGAAAGUCAACUCCUUCGAUGAAAUGCCCAGUUUUUCAGGUGUGUUGAAGGAUGCCCGCCUGCCCAGGGACCUGCUGCCCUCUAAGAGAGACCAGGAGUUCCGCUCCAUCUUCGAGCACCUUCAGCAGGCGCAGCUGCGCCGCAGCCCCUCAGAGCUGUUUGCCCAGCACAUCGUCACCAUCGUGCACUACAUCAAAGCUCAACACUUCCGCUCGUCAGGCAUGACGCUGAGCGAGCGCUUUGCCAUGUACCAAAGAAAAGCUGCAGAGACGGAAAUUAUGAAGCCAAGAAGGAGCCCAGAGAUCCACAGGAGGAUCGACGUCUCCCCCAGUGCCUUUAAGAGGCACUCUCAGCUGUUUGAGGAGAUGGAGGAGACCUGCUACAAGGAUCAAAGUAAGAAACCCAAAGGAGAUGUAAUGGACCUGCGCCUGGAUAUUGAGCGCCGUAAAAGGUUCUCAGCCAAGGAAUACAAGCAGGAGGGAGACAAAGGCUCCGGGGGGUCCCACGGGCCCAGCCCCGAGAAGUCCUCUGACAAGGCAGCCAAGCACCACAAGAAGUCCAAGAAGAGCAAGAAGAGACGUGAGCGCUCUCCCUCCUCCUCGUCCUCCUCCUCCCCCUCUCCAGCCUUCAGGGGGAAAGCCUUCAUGGCGGAGGGGAUGGAGCACAUGGAAGGGUUCAGCAAGCAUCGCUUCAGCCCACGGGACUACCCGGGGUCCUCAGGGCCACUGGAGCGGGGGCCGGGGCCCAGGGGGCCGGGGGACAGGGGGCCCAUGGACAGGAGCCCCAGGGACUAUGAAAUGGACAGGGGUCGAGGACGUGGGUUUUUCCCCAGGGUGAGGGGCAGGGGCUGGAGCAGGGGCGGUUACCCUGGAAACAACAGCAGCAACGGUCAGGCCCCCCCUGCCAGCGCCCCGGUCAGACCCCCUGAGGAGGAGUGGGGCCCAGAGUACACGCCCAAGAGCAGGAAGUACUACUUUCAUGAUGACCGUGAGGGGGAGAAGUCGUGGCUGGAGGGUCGGGGGCGUGGCCGGGGGGCCUUCCCCCGCAGCAGGGGGCGCUUCGUCUACAGGAAAGGAGGCAGCAGCCCCAAGUGGACCCACGACCUGUACCAGGCCCCCGAGGCCGGGGCCGAGGCUGUGGAGGAGGACUGCCCUGAGGCCCACCUCAAGGACGACAAGCCCCAAGACUCCGACCCCAAACUGUAGCUCCUCCGCCUUGGUCUGGAGAGGCAGGCGAGGCAGGAGAGGCUGUCUGGUAGAGUCGGCCGGAGGCCCAGCAUCAGAAUGUUGUGUGUCCCCCACAAGACAAGGGUAGUAAGGAUUUACAGAAAUAAGUCAUAUCAUUUUUGCAGCUGAUUUCACAGUAUGGGUCGUACACAAACUGACUCAUUGAAUUGAGUUAAAAGCAAAACGUUUAUGAUGUUUUUAUGUUAAUUACCAGUCUUAGUUCCUGGGUGUGUUUUUUUUAAAUGUAAAGACAGUUUGUUAGUCAUACUGGACUUGAUGUUUUUCGAGUUGUUCUUCAAGGGGCCUGGUUGGGGAUUACUAUAUUCAGUUUAAGGACAGCUUCCAUCUCCCGUAAGAGUCUCACGCUUUUGUGCCUUAGAAUCCAUCGUUGUUGUUCCUGCUCCAUGGCCACGUUUCACUAGACAGGAUGUUUUACUCUGCUCACUUCUGUGGUGUUGCAUGACCUGUGACCCCAGACCAACCCAGGGACAGUCAGACCACCCCAGGGACAGUCAGACCGACCCAGGCACAGUCAGACCCACCCAGGGACAGUCAGAACCACCCCAGGGACAGUCAGACCCACCCCAGGGACAGUCAGACCCACCCAGGGACAGUCAGACCACCCCAGGGACAGUCAGACCACCCCAGGUUCUGAGAGUUACUGCUCUGUGUGCUUCAACAUGUUCUAGGGGUUCUCACACAUCCAAACAUUGUUUUACCACUAACACUGUAUUUCUUAUCAAGAUCAUCUAUGAUGUUUAACUGUGUGUGUAAGACGUACUCUUGUCCAGAUAGUUGAUGUAUUUUCUUUAUUUCUUUUUCUUUUUUUUUUUUACACCAACAAAUGCAAACAAAAAUAUUUUUGUGUUUGUGCCUCCUGUCAAAUUAUUUUAAGAAUAUUUCAUUUUGAUUUAAAAGCGAAUAUAAUUACAGCGGGACAUAAUUAAGACAUGUAAAAACUAAAUUAUUGCCGUCUUUGCAUCUUGGGAGUUGAACUGUUUAAAAAUAAAAGGAUAUUGUCGAUGAGUUUAUCUGUAAUAUUCCAGACUGUGUACCUGAAGUUGAAUCUACUGUUUAAAUAAAUGACUCCUGGUUAGUCUCAA